UCCAUACUUAUCACGUGGAAUGGCUUGCGUCGACUCUUAUCCGAACUCUGGAGAGCCUGCAUACGCCGCGAAUUCUCUGAUCGGUGACACGGACACUGUCAACAUUCCCACCAAAAAGGAUAGCUUUCAGUGCACGUUCUUUCGACAACCCAAGAGUAUAUUCGCGAUAAAAAAUGCCGCCUGGCAGCUUUCCUGCAGCAAUCCAAUGUCGUCCAGCUUUUCCGACAUUGGUACCGAUUCGGACAGUGAGCUCGAUGAAACUGUGGCCUCUGCGCGAUGGUUAGAAAAAUCGAGACAUUUCAGCGAAGACGUUGUCAGCGAUGAUACUCCAAAGCUUGAAACGGAGUAUCACAAGUAUCUAAACACGCCAAGGAUAACAUUCGAUCCAAUGGUACGCGUCGAUUCGGACAUAGUGAUUAGAUCCUAUCCGAGGAAACGAUCAAUGAAAGAGGAAAACGAAGCAGUGUCCGUGAAACUUCCGCGAGUAUCGAAAAAGUGGAACGAACCGUGGGAGAAAGACAAUUCGGCCAGCAAGGAGAACCACGAGGAAUUCGAUGAAAAUCGAGUUCCCAAUCACUGCGACAAUCAAACGACCUUCCAAAAUGAAACGUUCCUGGAAAAUUAUACGAAUAAUGACAAGCUUAUGCGUGCUCUUUCAGCUGCACGGAACGUCCUGCACGGGAAUAAGAGAUCCUACAAACUUGCGAACGUUGCGGCGAACAAGGAAGUCACGUCCAAAAGAAGGAAAACGAUCGAGAGUAGAAUCAUUAGGAACAAACGAUUGUUAACAUCCAUGAAGGAAGUAAUUCGUACGAUGGAGGAGCCACUGCCGGACUUGGAAUCCAUCCAACCUAUCGAUUCGGGGGACAAAACUGCAAAGAGCAACGUUGCACGUGUAGAGGACGGUGAAGAUUUAGGUCGAAGUACGAAAAUUUCGAACGAUUGGGAAGAGCGUGAGAUGCGGGGACCGACCAUUAAGAGUCCUAAAUUGGAGAAACAUCUGGAUAAAUCCAUGCAGAAGGCGGUGAACAAAUACAGAACAUACAGGAACACGUGGAAGAAACUGAAACAACAACAAUUCACGUCGCAAGAUUUGCCUGAGAAAAAAAAUCCCGUUUCCUGGCUUCCGCUCCAAAACUGUUUUACAUUGUCAACGUAUCUUACGUAAAGAAAAACAAGCUACACUAAUGUGUAAACAGUUUAACUGUCACUGUUAAC